GACAGUCGUUGUCACUGAGCGAGAGGUGAAAUGGCGCAGAAAGGAGUUCAGCUGGACCAGGAGACCUCUUGUUCCAUCUGUCUGGAUCUACUGAAGGAUCCGGUGACUACUCCCUGUGGACACAGCUACUGCAUGAACUGUAUUAAAAGCCACUGGGAUGAAGAGGAUUGUAAGUCCAGCUACAGCUGUCCUCAGUGCAGGAAGACGUUCACACCGAGGCCUGUCCUGCUGAAAAGCACCAUGUUAGCAGAUUUAGUGGAGGAGCUGAAGAAGACUAGACUCCAAGCUGCUCCUGCUGAUCACUGCUAUGCUGGAGCUGAAGAUGUGACCUGUGAUGUUUGCGAGAGAAAACUCAAAGCACACAAGUCCUGUCUGCAAUGUCUGGCUUCUUACUGUGAGAAACACCUUCAGCUUCAUUAUGAAUCAGAGAUAUUCAAGAAACACAAGCUGGUGGAGCCGUCCAAGAAGCUCCAGGAGAACAUCUGCUCUCGUCAUGAUGAGGUGAUGAAGAUGUUCUGUCGUACUGAUCAGCAGCUUAUCUGUUCUCUCUGCUCUGUGGAUGAACAUAAAGGCCACGACACAGUCUCAGCUGCAGCAGAGAGAGCUCAGAGGCAGAGAGAGCUCGAGGGGAGUCGAGAAAACAUCCAACAGAGAAUCCAGGACAGAGAGAAAGAUGUGAAGCUGCUUCAACAGCAGGCGGAGGCCAUCAAUCUCUCUGCUGAUAAAGCAGUGGAGGACAGCGAGAAGAUCUUCACUGAGCUGAUCCGUCUCCUGGAGAAAAGAAGCUCUGAUGUGAAGCAGCAGGUCAGAUCCCAGCAGAAAAGGGAAGUGAGUGGAGUCAAAGAGCUUCAGGAGAAGCUGGAGCAGGAGAUCACUGAGCUGAAGAGGAAAGACGCUGAGCUGAAGAAGCUCUCACACACAGAGGAUCACAACCAGUUUCUGCACAACUACCCCUCACUGUCACCACUCAGCCAAUCAACAUCCAGCAUCCAUAUCCACCCUCUGUACUAUGAGGACGUGACAGCCGCCAUCUCAGAAGUCAGAGAUAAACUACAGGACGUCCUGAGAGAGAAGUGGACAAAUGUCUCACUGACAGGGACUGAAGUGGACUUUUUACUGCCACCACCAGAGCCCAAGACCAGAGCUGAAUUCUUAAAAUAUUCAUGUGAAAUCACACUGGAUCCAAACACAGCACACACAUGGCAGUUAUUAUCUGAGGGGAACAGGAAAGCAACAUUAAUGAGUCAACAACAGUCUUAUUCUAGUCACCCAGACAGAUUCACUUACUGGUGUCAGGUCCUGAGUAGAGAGGGUCUGACUGGACGUUGUUACUGGGAGGUGGAGAGGAGAGGGAGAGUUUCUGUAGCAGUCGCAUACAAGAAUAUCAGCAGAGCAGGGUGGUCGAAUGAAUGUAGAUUUGGACGAAAUGACAAAUCUUGGGCAUUAGAUUGUAACAACAACAAAUAUAGAUUUUGUUACAACAAAGUCCAAACUCCCGUCUCAGGUCCUGUGUCCUCCAGAGUAGGAGUGUACCUGGAUCACAGUGCAGGUAUUCUGUCCUUCUACAGCGUCUCUGAAACCAUGACUCUCCUCCACAGAGUCCAGACCACAUUCACUCAGCCACUCUAUGCUGGACUUUGGCUUUAUGGGUCUGGAUACUCUGAUCUUUGGGGCCUUUUUUCGACUAAUGGAGCCUCUGCUGAGUUGUGUAAACUGAAAUAGACAGAAAUCAUUUAAGGGUUAAAUUCUGUUUUAACCCUUCGACUUAUUUAGUCUCCAUGUUUGUUGCUGAGAGCUGAUUGUUAUGGCAUUCUAUUUUUUAGACAUUUUUUGUCAGUGUUUUCAACGUUUUUCAUGUGUUUUGUUGCUUUUUCUUAUUUCUUUGCUUUUAUCAACAUUUUUGUAAAUAAGUUAGACGUUAUUUUUUGCUUGUAUUGACGUUUUAGAAGUGAUGAGAUGUUUUGUGUUUGUUGAGAAAACUAUUCAGGGAGCCCCAGGAGCUCUCAAUGUGCUCAGUUGAGAUCUGUUAUUUUACCUUUGAUUGUUGAAACAGGACGAUAUGUUAAAAAAGAUCUUUACCGAGAUGAUCUGUAGAUAUUAGUUGUUUGUUAUUCAUGUAUUUUAUCCAUGUUAUGUAUGUGCGGGACAGGAAGAUGUCUGUUAAAUAGCGGUGUCUUGUAAUCUCAUGUGGGACGGGCCAAAUCAUUGGCGUGACCCAGAAAUCAAAUCAAACUAAAAGUGUAUUUAGUUUCUCUUCCACUGCAUGGCUCUGAAGAGAGAAAGCACCAGACCUCCUUUAUCCUACACACUUUGUUCUCUUUGUGGACAUUUGUAAAGAAAUCUAGAUUUGCAUUUAUUUGUUUGGCAGACCAAAUGUUGUUAUCAUAAUCAUAAUCAAUAACUCAUUCUUCUCUUUUACAUAGCUGAGAUUCUGGUUCAAACUAAAUGACUGUGGAUGAAGUGAAUGUGUUGAUGAAAUCAUUGAUCAAGAGUCUUUGAACAGACUUUAGUGAUGGGAUGUGUGAACAAACUGAAGCUUUACAUGAUGAAUAAACUAACAUGAACAAA